AUGCACCCCGGGGUGCCUGCAGCCCCUGCAGUCUCUGAGCCCAGCCCCCGGGAACUGUGUGCCUUCGUGAGUGGGGCCACUACCCACAUGCUGCGCACUCUGCACCCCCGGCGGACCCGGCCCCCCAAAAGGAGGCCCAACCACAGGAGGUUUCUUCACAACCAGAUCUGCAGGCAGUUUGCCAAGAUUGAAGCUGCCACCCAGGAGCUGGCCCUGUCUAUCCUGUCCCAGGAGGCACCUCCACAGAGACCUCCGCCCCGAAGACCACCCCCGCCGCCUCCGUCCCCCUUCCUGGGGGUGGCCUGUGCUGUGGCUCCCACCGAGGCACCCUAUGCCAGCCCCAGCCUGAGCCUCGCGGCCCUGGACGCCUCCACCCUAGACCUCUUUGAUGAUAUUGCACUCACCUCAGAGUGUCCCUCAGGGCCAUCUGAGUUGUCCUGCUGCACUUGGGGCCAGCCAGACCUGAGGCAGGCUUCACAUUUCUAUAAUCCCCCACCCCCUCCCUCAAAUGCCCUGGAGGGUGUGGACGGGCCCUGGGCUUCUGAGGUGGAUUGGGUGGGCAGGUGGGAGGUGCCCUGUGCCUGCCAUUCUCAGGGAAUCCCUGAGGGCUGGGGGACCUGCUCCCCAUAAUGUUCAACCACGACCCAACCCAGGCCCACCGCCCCCAGACAAAUCAGAGGCCACCCUUACGAUAGCUCAACAGCUGCCCCCAGGAGCCCCCUGCCCUGUCCACUCCCCUCCCGGCAACUCCUGGGAGCAUGAGCCACCCCCGGACUCCUCCCACCUCAGACCACAUCUUCUGCUCACCCAGGUCCCCCAAAUCUGCCUCUGCCAAGGUGUCC